CUGCACUUUCUCAUCUCCGAAAGCCAAGCGUGUUGCAGUAACAAAGUUCCUCUCAUGUUACCGUCCCCACCACGACUUGCAAAUUCUGGCCCUGUCGCAACAACGCCUCUCGAGUUCCGUGUAUUCUUGAACCGCGGCCACGUGAAUGAUGCUUUUAGUAUUAGUAAUUGCGCGUGACUAUGCAUGAAAGAUGGGUUCUCGUUUGUAUCAUGUUGUCUUCAUGUAAAAUUUGCCAUAACCAUGUAGCCAAUUACUGGCACAAGGAUCGGUUUCUCUAUCGCCACCGCCAACGCCGGCAGGUUGGUGAGACGAAUAAGACCUUGAGCGUUGGGUUUGGCGUUUUCUAGCAAGCAGAUCGGUUUCUCUACCGCCGCUUCCAAUCAAAACAAAGCAUGUAGCUGAGAUGAAUGAGCCGUAGGAGUUUUUUUUGUUCUUCUUCGUUGACCUAUAUCAGUAUUGGAAUCUACACGGCCUACAUGUGUAAUGUGCCGACUCGCCAGAGAGCCAUACGCACCACCGUAGGCAUAUGCCUAUGCAUCGACGGCGACUUCGAGUUAGACUUAUAUAUAGAGUUAAAACAUUUUGAGACCGAGCUUACACCGAUACAAUUAACAGUUAGUCACAACAACGACGCCGCAGCAAAGGGUGCCGCCUUUUCUCGCUCGCCUGCUUCCUCGUUGUUGCUUGAUAAAGCUAUAGCGCUUUCAUUGUUCCUCGACUGGCACCGAUUCCUUUACACAGAAAGGGAGGAGGAGAGAGUGGUGAAGCGGCCAGCCCAGGGGAGUCCGGAAGAUAUGAGUCAGACGCCGAAAAAGCCCGGAGAGGUUUUCUGGCCCAAGAUAGUUCUCAAGAAAUGGCUCAACAUCAGAGCCAACGACUCCGAGUUCAGCGCCGACGAGGGCGGCAACGAAAGCGAUCUUGAAGAGGAUGAAGAGAACUGUGGUUGCGAGGGGAACGAGGAGAGGAGAGCCAGAAGGCUUCAGGCCAAGACAAACGAUGACAACCUAGAGAGCUUCCCAUACAAGCUGAGGAGGAGGAAUUCAGAGACCUUCCGGUCACAGUAUAUAAACACCAAGGAACUCAGGGUCUGCGUCGGGACUUGGAAUGUCGGAGGACAACAUCCACCAGAGGAUCUAGACAUAGCAGAGUGGCUGGACACGGAGGAGCCUGCUGAUAUCUAUGCACUUGGUAUCCAGGAGAUCGUUCCCUUGAAUGCAGGUAAUAUCUUCGGCGCCGAGGACAGCGGGCCGGUUGCAAAAUGGGAACAUCUCAUUCGUAAGACACUAAAUAGGAUUCAACCCAUAAAGCCAAAGUAUAAAUGUUACAGCGAUCCUCCCUCUCCGUCCAGGUUCAAACCAUCAGAAGAUGUUCACUUCACCGUCGAUGAACUAUUCUCUGAGACUAAUAGUGACACCGAUGAUGACGAUGAAAUUUCCACAAGUUCAGUUGAUUCGAAAGGUCCCGUGGCUUCUUAUCUUGAUCAUGGUGAAUCAAACAUACCACAGGAUCUCGAUCAGAAUAUGCCACCCGCCUUAAAGAGACUUCAAAGGUUGAAUCAUUUUACUUCAUUUGAUUACGAUGUGAACUCAGCAGCCACAACAAUUCAGGAAAAGAAGCUACUGAGGACCCUCAGCACUUCAGAGAGGAUUGGGUUGAUUUGGCCAGAACAGCCACUAGACUUGUUAGCCAAGCAUGCUUUAAGUAAUUCAACUUCCUUUAGGUCGAUUAGGUCUUUCAGAACUUACAAUUCAUUCAAGCCUGUGCACAGUAAGCUCAAGGAUUCAUCGGAGGUUGGCCUGGUUCCUGAUCUUGACCUGAAUGUUAUUGGCUUAAAAAAGAAAAGGCUGGCUUUUGUGAGGAUAAUAAGUAAACAAAUGGUUGGAAUUUACCUUUCGAUAUGGGUUCGCCGCAGUGUGAGAAACCACAUCCAAAACUUGAAGGUAUCUACCGUCGGUGUGGGUGUCAUGGGUUAUAUCGGCAACAAAGUAAGUUGGUCUUUUGUCAUUACGGGUUCGAUAUCGGUCAGCAUGUCCAUAUAUCAGACCCCAUUUUGCUUCGUGUGUAGCCACCUAUCUUCGGGCGAAAAAAGCGGGGAUGAACUUCGAAGAAAUUCAGAUGUGCAAGAAAUUCAUCGCAGAACCCAGUUUAGUACGGUUGCCGGCGGUGCAGGAUUGCCGAAAACAAUCCAUGAUCAUGAAAGAAUUUUCUGGCUUGGCGAUCUAAACUACCGCAUAGAUUUGUCACCGGAAAAGACACAUGAACUCAUCGCCGGCAGAAAUUGGACUCUGCUGGCAGAGAGAGACCAGCUAAAACGGGAGCUCAAGAAAGGACGUGCCUUUGAUGGUUGGUCAGAGGGUGUCAUGAACUUUCCUCCCACCUACAAGUAUGCGUUCAACUCGACAAACUAUGUGGGAGAUGACCAGAAGGGGGGGAGGAGAAAUCCCGCGUGGUGCGAUCGCAUCCUGUCGUUUGGAAAGGGUGUGAGGCUUCUGGACUACAAAAGAGCCGAGCUGAAGCUUUCCGAUCAUCGUCCUGUCACCGCCGUUUUCAUGGCCGAGGUCGAGGUAUUCUGUCAUAGAAAACUUCAGAAGGCGUUAACCUUGACAGACGCGGAGGUGGAAGAUGGAGGGACCAUGCCGGAUGUGGACUUCACCCUGGAGAUGGGCCUCGGAGAUGUAAGUUUCCUGUUCCCAUCUACCCACUUAGUUUUCGUUUCGAAAGUCAACGAGACAAUCGAAACGGAUGCAUCCGUCUCACCUGUGCAAACCGUAUUACCGACUGGACUUGUCGCAGGAUAUCUCCGGAUGGCUGCGGUAGACCGGCGAGUUUCAGCGACGUGCGGCUUCUUUGGCUCUUCUCGGCCGUCGUCGACCCCUACGGUGCGCGUGCGCGCGCUGCUAUAAAUAGAUAUAUGUGGUAUCUGUCGUAUGGUGUGUGAUGUAACUCCUUACCGAAGUUAAAUGAUUUUUCUUUUUCUUCACCUUGUUGUUGGUCGAACGAGGGAUCGUUGUUAGGUUUGUGAUGCGACUUUGAUGUUCUACGUGAAUGAGAUCGGUUUGGUUAUAGAUUAUUUCAUGUAAUUAGUUAUUUCGAACA